AUGGUGAGGUCCUCGAAGCUCCAAGGGCCAGUGAAGAAGCCACUGCGACAGGGGCAAGGGACCAGUAAUGACAGGGCUACUGUUAAUGACCUAAGAGAGCAAUUGAGGAUUGAGACACUCCGAAGAAAGAGAGUGAAGAGGGCUCUUAAACAACAAAAGAAAAUAAAUUUUGGUUUAAGAAAGAAGAACAAUUUAAUUCAAAAAAAGUUCAGAUCCAUUUUUAACACAGACCAAAUUCAGUCAUUAGGAAGAGAGAAGAAGAGAUGGAUACGCUGGAGCAAUCAGACCCUGAAAAAAGCCAUACAAAUUCGAUUUACUGCUGGCACAACAGGCUACAAAACAUUGCAAAAAAUGAAAAUCCCCCGACCUGACAUUAGGACUACACAACAGAGGAUGCAGCAUGUUAAGAUGGAGCCUGGAGUGUUGAUGGAGGUGAUCAAAAUGCUAAAGCUAAAGGCAGAGGGAAUAAACAAAAUGGAGAGGGAAUGUGUACUCACACUGGAGGAGAUGGCCAUCAGUCCAGGCAUGGAGCUGCAUAUGGGAGCGAGGAGACUAUUUGGCAACGCAACACUUCCCAGUCACACAGGGCAAGCAAUGCAUGCCUGUGUGUUUAAGCAAAUUGUUGCUUACCACUACAGCGGUAAUUCUACAGACGGCUCAGUUUAUCAGCUCAUCAUCAUUGCCACAGUAGAAGCUGCAGCAUCUGUAGGGCUUCAUGUUACAAACAUCACCAGUGACAUGGGGAGUCCCAAUCAGGCAAUGUGGAAGUCAUUUGGGGUGACCCAGGAUAAGCCAUGGAUACCCCAUCCUGUUGAGCAACACAAGCAGCUCUAUUUCAUGGCUGAUGUUCCAUAUCUUGUCAAGAAUUUGAGAAGUGCCCUCAUCCGGAGUCAAACCAUCACCAUUCCACAAGAUGUGGUGCACAAAGAGCAGCUGGCGUCCAGUGUCGUGUCAGUUGAUCCCCUAAAGGAUCUCGUUUCCUUCCAGCAGAGCAUGGAACUUUAACUGGCACCAAAACUGUCCCGUGCCAUCCUUGAGCCUAACCAUUUUGAAAAAAUGAAGGUUAGUUCUGCAAUGCAUAUUUUCAACAUGGCAAUGAGUGCUGCCCUGAGGUACCUUGUGGAGGAAGAGCAGCGAUCACAAUCCUACCUUGUGACAUCAUGGUUUUUGGAGAAGGUGGACCACUGGUUUGACCUCAUGUCUUCCCGGAAUGUUGCCACUGCCCUCAGCCUGUUCAAAAUGGAGGAGUAUGAGAAAGCCAUCCACUUUCUCCAGGACAGCAUCCACCUGUUUCGGGGCCUGAAGAUCGGUCACCUGGGCAGCUGGAAACCAGUCCAGACAGGACUUGUGAUGGCCACAAGAGUGAUCCUGGAAGUCCAGCAAGACCUGUUGAGCAAAGGGCACAAAUUUGUUCUCACAAGUCGGUUUACACAGGACUGCCUGGAGAACACCUUUUCUUGUAUUCCUCAGAGGAACCCUGUCCCAACACCAGCAGAGUUCCACUACGCACUGCGAGCUGUCACUGUUGGACAGUUCCUCACCACAGUCCCUACCGGCAAUUACCUGGAUGACGGAUCUGACCAUUUGGCAGACUUCCUGGACUCAAAGAGAAGCAGCUGCAGUCCUCCUCCAGUGGUGUGUCUGGAGCAGCUGGAUGACCCAGCAUCACUGCCUGACUUCACUAAAAAAGAGUUCUGUGUCCUCUACCACCUGGCAGGAUACAUUGUGAAGAGGGUCAUCGGCUGCUCACUUUGUGAGGAAUGCCAGAGCUCCCUAAUAGAAAAUGAAAAUGCAAGUGAGAGAGAUGUUCUUCUCAGAUUGAAGGAGUUUAAAAGGGAGGCAUCUGAUGAAGUUUUCACUCUCAUUCAGAGUGUGGAGCAGCUGAUCCCGGUAACCUCAGUUGACUCACUCAUGGAAUCAACCAAUGCAGUGGCAAUGCUGGAACAAGCGGCAAUGAAACUUGACAGCAACCUUCCCUAA